GACAGGCCGCGGAUGAUGACCAAUAUCGUCGUCCAAGAACGCCUGUGAAUUUGUUGUGACAGAGAUUUUCUUAUGUAUGGAGAAUAUUUAGGGGAGAAUUAUUUUUUAAAUUAUGGAUUCAUCGCCUUCCUUGGAAACUGUCUAUCAGGCUGUGUUUUCCCUUUACAACAACCCAAACCCAGCCGAGAAGGAAAAGGCCUCGGUAUGGCUGGGGGAGCUACAAAGUUCCGUGUUUGCAUGGAAAGUAGCGGACGAAAUGUUGCAGCAAAAACGAGAUGUAGAAUCUUGUUACUUUGCUGCACAGACCAUGCGUACAAAGAUACAAUUAUCAUUUCACGAACUGCCUGCAGAGGCUCACAAUUCGUUGAGGGACUCUUUGAUGAAUCACAUAUCUCAGAUAAACGAGCACACCAGCAACGUCAUCGUUACACAGCUAUGCUUAGCACUUGCAGAUCUCACUCUGCAAAUGUGCUCAUGGCAAAAGCCAGUCGUUGAUUUAAUCAACAGGUUUGGCGGUGCCACAGCUAGCUUAUGGCCACUCUUAGAAGUUAUGACGGUCUUACCGGAAGAAGUCAACUCCAGAUCUCUCAGAUUAGGUGCUAACCGGCGUCAGCAUAUUAUCAUGGACCUUAAUGCUAGUGCCGAUACGGUUACAGAGUUCUUGAAAGUUUGCUUAGAAAACUGUGGGGACAAUGCACAAAUUCAGGUCAGGAUCCUUCGAUGCUUUACCAGCUGGGUAGCAGUUCAUGCGAUAUCCCUUCAAGCUGUCGGAACCAGCGACGUUGUGGCGUACGCUUUCCAGGUGCUCGGUAACCACAUGACAGGAUCACAGCUACAUGAAGUAGCCACAGAUUGUGUCUGUGUUUUGCUGCAGUCAUUGAAAGACGAAGGCUGCACGAAUCAUAGCCAAAGUAACGGCGAGAUAGAAAUGCAACUGCAGCAGCUUCAACUGUGUGUCUUCACUAGCGUGAUGAAUCUUGAACAGCCGUAUCACUUAUCUGUCGCCCAUGAAGAUAUGGAGAAAUCCGUGAAUUACUGUCGUAUCUUCACGGAACUCGCUGAGUCUUUCUUAGACACAAUGGUUAACGGUUGCCUGGAAGGCAAGCAACAUUAUUCAGUGAAGAUACUUGAUCUAGUACUCACCUGUGUGGGGCAUCACGACUACGAGGUCGCAGAGAUCACUUUCAACUUGUGGUACAGACUGUCAGAAGAUCUUUAUCAACGAAAUAGCGACGAUCUUAACACCACUUUUAGACCCCACUUUGAACGACUUGUGGGAGCAUUAUGCAGGCAUUGCCAAAUGGAACCAGAUCACUUGGGUCUUGUCGAGGAAGGUGGAGGCGGCGAGGACUUUGCCGAUUUCCGAGGCCGUGUGUCCGAGCUAAUCAAGGAUGUAGUAUUUGUUGUGGGCAGCAGUCACUGUUUUCGUCAAAUGUUCACGGCCUUAACAGGUGCUAUAGGGCCACAGGGCCAACAACAAACUCCAACUUGGGACUCAAGUGAAGCAGCACUUUUUGUAAUGCAAGCUGUUGCCAAGAAUAUCUUACCAGAAGAAAAUGACGUGGUACCAAAAGUUGUUGAAGCAAUUUUGAAUCUACCCGAGAAUACGCACAUAGCUGUACGACACACUAGCAUUUUGUUAUUAGGAGAACUUUGUGAGUGGAUAGAGAGGCACCCCCAGUCCUUGGAGCCGGUCUUGAACUUCCUUCUGGCAUGUCUGAGCCAAAGAGGUUUGGGUGGUGCUGCCUCUGGGGCACUGCAAAGCAUUUGUGCCGCUUGUCCUAAGCACAUGGCUGGACAUUUUCCAGGGCUUCUACAGAUUGCACGAUCUCUAGACAGUUUUGCGAUCACCAAUGAUGCUGCAAUUGGGUUGCUGAAGGGUGUUUCUAUGAUUCUGGCUACAUUGCCUCGCGAUGAAAUUGGCCCAGCAAUGAAAGAGCUGUGUUGGAUUCAGGCUCGACCAUUGUGUCAGCUCAUUGAAUCGAGAGGAAUUCCUAUUGAGAGAGGAACCAAAGCAGAUCCAGUUGUGUGGUUGGAUAGAUUGGCAGCUAUCUUCAGGCAUACGAAUCCUCGCAUCGAUAACCCAGUCGAACCUCAUCCCUGUCAAAGUGUCAUCACUGAGAUGUGGCCUGUACUGUCAAACGCUUGUCAUACGUAUCAACAAGAUUCCAGACUGAUGGAAAGGUGCUGUCGUUGCCUCAGAUUUGCUGUAAGAUGUGUUGGCAGGCAUUCGUCUCACCUUCUUGAGCCUCUUGUCAAACAGAUCGUAGAACUGUACAGUAGUCAUCAGCAUAGUUGUUUCCUGUACCUUGGUUCAAUUCUCGUUGACGAGUAUGCGACAGACGCAGAUUGUGUAUCUGGGUUACUGCGUAUGCUUGAAGCUUUCGUUGGUCCUGCCUUUGCAAUCCUCCAGCGACCUGAUGGAUUGAAAAAUCAUCCAGAUACUGUGGACGAUUUGUUUCGCCUGUGUGCUAGGUUUCUGCAGAGAGCUCCAGUAGCAUUUUUACACCUAGCGGUUCUCGGAAAUGUGGUUGAAUGUGCUCUGCUAGCCUGCAGUCUCGAUCAUAGGGACGCCAACGCUUCUGUCAUGAAGUUUUUCUACGACUUGAUACAUAGUGGUAGGAAUCAUGAGAGCCAACCUGAUUUUGAGAUACGGAAACAGCUGGUUCGAGGAAUAGUUAAUGAUAAGGGACAGACUUUGGUAGCUCGACUCAUCCAUGCCUCCGUCUUUUCUCUACACUCGUACAUGCUGUCCGACGUUGCCGAAGUCAUCAUUGAGCUUGCCCUUGUUGACAGAGAGUUGGUUUCAAGGUGGCUGGAGGAAGCAAUAAAGGCGAUGCCAACUCAAAAUGCUGGCGGAAGUCCAACAACAACACCUGCUCAGCUUUUGGAAUUUCACAACGCAGUAAUGAGGGCAGACACUCCAAAAACGGUCUCGCAUGCUCUACGGAACUUUGCCCGGCUAUUUCGUUGAUGUGGAGGUAUAAAGAAAGAACAUUAAUUCCACAACACAGUGGAUAAUGCCAGUCUGGUAAAACACCCUCCGUCUUGUUAAACGUCAGGGAUUAACUGAUUUCGUACUGACAUUAACAACUAAUACACCAGAGAAAUAACAAGACAGCGUUAUAUCUAGCUAAUAAAAUUAAUUUAGUUUCAGAUGCAAAUUUACCACACGCCAAUUAAAAAAACGAGUAUUUGUAUGGAUUCAGAAAUACAAUAGAAAUAAAUACAUUAGUUUUUUUUUUUUUUAAAUGGUUCUAGAAAGGUUAAACUUCAAGUUACUGGAUAUUACCAUCAUUUGUUUGUAAAACCUUACGUCACGACUGAAAUUCUCGGCUUUGGAAGUACUUCGGUGGGUACGUUUAUUUUACAGUUAA